AAUAGUGUUGCUAUGAACCAAUUGUUAACUAUCUAUUCAUUGAUUCAAAAACCCUAAAAUUAUUGGACAUUGAUUUGGUUAAACCCGGAUCAUAGCAGAUAGUGUCUGAACUCUGAAGUAUGAUUCUUGGUGGAUGUUAUGUUCUACGUAUUAUAUUGCGGUAAGAUUCUUUGCCUAAAGAGGUGAAGUUUGGGGACGUAACAUGCGAGAGAGAAGCCAUGAUGAGGCAAGCUCUCCACCUGUUCGACAACUUUCCUCACACAAUCAUCCAGUGCCUCGAUUCCACUACGGCUUCUCUAUGCCAGGCGCGACAAGCUCAUGCCCACAUCCUCAAAGCCGGCCUAUCCAACCAUGCCGAUCUCACCACCAAGCUCCUCUCGCUCUACGCCAAUAACCAUUGCUUCGCCGAAGCGAACCUCGUCCUUGACUCUGUCUCGGAGCCCAACGUAUUCACAUUUUCUACCCUCAUCCAUUCGUUUUCAAAACUCAGUCGAUUUCGAGACGCGCUCCGUGUUUUUUCUCGAAUGAUAUCUCAUGGUCUUGAGCCUGAUGCACAUGUUUUCCCUAGCGUCUUCAAGGCUUGUGCUGGACUACCGGCCGUGAAAGCCGGGCAACAGGUUCAUGGCAUUGCAUCAGUAUCUGGGUUUGAUUCGGAUUCGUUUGUCCAAUCCUCAUUGUUCCAUAUGUAUGUGAAAAGUCACCGUGUUAGAGAUGCCCACAACUUGUUUAGUAAAAUUACUCAACGGAAUGUGGUUUUAUGGAGUGCUUUGAUUUCUGGUUAUUCUAGACGUGGAUGUAUAGACGAGGCGAAGCAGCUCUUUUAUGAGAUGAGGGAUACGGGUGUUGAACCCAAUUUAAUAUCGUGGAAUGGUAUGAUUGCGGGGUUUAAUCACAGUGGUUCAUAUACUGAGGCGGUUUUCAUGUUCCAAAAGAUGCAUUUAGAAGGUUUCCAGCCUGACGGGUGUAGCAUUUCUAGUGUUCUUCCUGCUGUAGGAGACUUGGAGGAUUUAGAUAUGGGUAUCCAAAUUCAUGCUUGUGUAAUUAAGCAGGGUUUGGGAUCGGACAAGUGUGUUGUCAGCGCACUCAUUGAUAUGUAUGGGAAGUGUGCCUGCAGGUCAGAAAUGUCAGAGGUUUUUAAUGAAAUGGAUGAAAUGGACAUAGGUGUUUGCAAUGCCUUAGUUACGGGGCUCUCACGAAACGGUCAAGUUGAUGAUGCACUGGAGGUAUUCAAGCAAUUUAGGUGCCAAGGGAUGGAACUGAAUGUCGUGUCUUGGACAUCAAUGAUUGCUAGCUGUUCUCAAAAUGGGAAAGAUAUGGAGGCUUUAGAACUUUUCAGAGAGAUGCAAGUUGAGGGAGUGAAGCCAAACUCCGUGACAAUCCCUUGCUUGCUUCCAGCUUGUGGCAAUAUUGCAGCACUACUGCAUGGGAAAGCAGCCCAUUGCUUCUCUCUCAGAAGGGGGUUCUCUAAUGAUGUGUAUGUGGGCAGCGCAUUAAUUGAUAUGUAUGCAAAGUGUGGAAAAAUCCAAUUGGCUCGUCUUUGUUUUGAGAAAAUGCCCUCCAGAAAUUUGGUGUGCUGGAAUGCAAUUACGGGUGGAUAUGCGAUGCACGGAAAGGCUAAGGAAACCAUGGAGGUUUUUGACUUGAUGCAGAGGACAGGGCAGAAGCCUAAUUUUAUCAGCUUCACUUGUGUAUUAUCUGCAUGCAGCCGGAAUGGCCUGACUAAAGAAGGGUGGUAUUACUUUAAUAGCAUGUCACAAGAGCAUGGUAUCGAAGCUAGAAUGGAGCAUUAUGCUUGCAUGGUAACACUUCUCAGCCGUGUAGGAAAACUUGAAGAGGCUUAUUCUAUGAUCAAGAAUAUGCCAUUUGAACCCGACGCUUGUGUUUGGGGUGCUUUGCUCGGUUCUUGUGGAGUUCACAAUAAUGUGACUUUAGGUGAGGUUGCUGCAAGGAAACUCUUUAAGUUAGAACCAAGAAAUCCAGGGAACUACAUACUUCUGUCAAACAUUUAUGCUUCCAAGGGCAAGUGGAUUGAAGUGGAUAAAGUAAGGGAUAUGAUGAGGAGUAUGGGUUUGAGGAAGAAUCCUGGUUGUAGUUGGAUUGAGGUCAAGAACAAGGUACACAUGCUUCUUGCGGGAGACAAAUUGCACCCUCAAAUGGACCAAAUUAUUGAGAAGCUAGAUAAAUUGAGCAUGGAGAUGAAGAAAUCAGGUUACUUUCCUAAUACCAACUUUGUUCUCCAAGAUGUGGAUGAACAGGACAAAGAGCAGAUUUUAUGUGGGCACAGUGAGAAGUUAGCAGUAGUUUUGGGGCUUCUGAAUACUAGUCCAGGUUCUCCUCUUCGGGUCAUUAAGAAUCUAAGAAUCUGUGGUGACUGCCAUAAUGUUAUAAAAUUUAUAUCCAGCUUUGAAGGGAGGGAGAUUUCUGUUAGGGACACGAAUCGCUUUCAUCAUUUCAAAGACGGAUUUUGUUCUUGUGGGGAUUAUUGGUAAACUUCUGGAAUGGCCAGCUGUGGAAAGCCAUCAUUACUCUAAAGGAAUGAAGGUAGUUCUCACCAUUGGCAUGCAUUGCAGUGUUUUUAAGUGUUCUGGGCCCAAAGAGAAACGAUUGUUAUAAAAUCGUAGACAAUUUUUGUUCAAUUUUGCAUACGUGUCA